AUGAUCACUUUGACCUCAAACAAGAAGUCUGACUUGCAAGGCGUGUCCGACAGCCAUGCGCUUACCCGGAGCCGGCUACUGAGGGAAAACGGAAACUUUAUUACGCCUAAUGGUUUUAAAAUGAGAAAACACUUUUUCAACGAUAAAGAAGUAGGAUAUUUCAAAGUCCAAAAGCGCGAGAACGCAAUAAAAAACCCAAUUUCUGGUAUGUCAGUGGCCUUCCUUUAUGCCUUUUAA